CCCAAACGUCACAACAAAUUCGAUUAGCAACCGAAAAUUCCCCCAAAAACGUAAACAAACGUGCACCCGAAAGAAAAAAAAACCUCUUCGUCCACGGUCACACCCGGCCCAAGAAUGCCAUCCAAACCGCCGCCAGCGGCGCCGCGGUCCCGGCUCGGCACCAAGCUGCUCCGAGUCACCAGUCUGUACGACAUCACCGCCGGGCAGAUUCACGCUUACGUGCGGGGACUUCACUGCCGCAUCCGGCAGCAGGCCAAAACCAUCCGGCGGCUCCGCCGGAAGGUGGCCGGGCUGGUAAGGUUACGCAAGUUGAAAGCUGCUCCUACGGAGCAGGUUCCGGACGGAGAAGACGAUGACGAUGUGAUGAAGGCACUGGAGAAGGCCGAGCAGGAGGCUAAAGCGGCGGAACCGCUGGACGUGAAGGCCUUCGUGGACGACAUCAAGAAAACGGCGGAGGACUUUGACUACCAGAAUCGGUACAUUUACGAGCCCACAUCCGGGAUGUAUUACGAUCCGGAAACUGGUUAUUACUACAAUGCGAUUUACGGACUUCACUACGACGGCCAGCGCGGAUGCUACCUCAAGUACAACCAACAGACCGGAGAGUACGACUUUUACUCCCAGGUCAUGCCGGAGGAGCAGCUCGAAGAGAAGAAGCCAAAAGUGCGACAAAAGAGCAACAAGCAGAGCAAAGACGCCGUCGCCGUCAAGUCCAGGGAUGAGGACGUGGAUCGUCGAAGGCGCCGGCGAAGCCGUAGUCCCAGGCGGAAGAGGAGGAGUGGACGUCGCUCUAGCCGGUCGACGUCGUCGAGUAGGUCUUCGGAGGAGGAGGAACAGCGUCGUCGAAAGCAUCGCAAAAAGGACCGGAAGCGGAAGAAGGACAAAAAAGACCGCGGGAGAAAGAAGAAGAAGCAGAAGGAAGUGUCCGAGGCGGAGGAGGGCGAGCUGGAGGAGAGUAGCAGCAGCAGUGAGGAAAGUUCCGCCGGUCGGGAUCGAGUGAUCGUGCUGGAUUCCUCCAGCGGCGCAGGCGGUUCCGACGGGGAAGAAGAUGUGGCCAUGUUUGGGGCAAACUAUUCAGACAUUUCCCGCAAGUACCCGCCCUCGCUCCGGAUUAUCGUCCAGGAAACCAACGUGGCCGCCCUCCGCCGGGGCUCCCUCUUCAUCGUGACGUGCAAGGGCGGUAGCCUGGGCCGCGAAGGCGACCACGACGUCAUCAUUCCGGACAUUAACGUGUCCAAGUUCCACCUCAAGUUCAGCUACGACCAGAAGAAGGCCACCUACCGCGUGCUCGACCUCGGUUCCCGCAACGGAACGCUCCUGAACGGAGCCCGGAUGGCACCGACCAUGCAGGAAAGUGAACCGGUUCCCCUCGCCCACGGGGACGUGCUGGAGCUGAACGGGACGCGCCUUCUCUGCCACGUGCACGACGGAGCCAUCACCUGUGCCAAGUGCGAACCUGGGCUGUUGAUGCGGGGUGACGAGAUUGGAGGGGCGGCUGCGGCGGCAGGAGGAGGAGCGGAAGACGGUGACAAGAUUGUCAACCCGGUUAGCCACCGGGAAGGGCUGAAGCUGCUGCAGAAGCGCUACGGCCUGGAGGAUGAGAAGUACGUUGACCCACCGGCUCAACCCGGGUCCACCUCCGACUACACCGACCGGGCCGCCAAUCGGCGCAAAACCAAGGGCAGCACCAACGAGCACGCCAAGGCGCAGGUGGCCUCCGUCGACCAGCACAUCCCGGCGGAGAACAAGGGCUUCCGGAUGCUGGCCAAGCUGGGCUGGUCCGAGGGUCAAACGUUGGGCCGAAACGAGGACGGGUUGCGCGAACCGAUUCCGAUGGUGGCCAACGUGGGCACCAGUGGGCUGGGAAGUCAGGGCGGUGGAGUGACGCCGGCAAGUACGGUUGACGAACGGAAGAAGGCCAUCUGGUUGCGCACCCAGGAGCGGUACCAGGCUUGUGCGGAUGUUCCGGAAGAGAAGCAAGCGAAAGAACAAGACAAAACGACGGAAAAGGCUUCGCUGAGUCAGCAGAUUGACAGCGGGAAUAAGGGCUUUCAACUGUUGGCCAAGCUGGGCUGGAACGAGGGGGAGACGCUGGGGAAGAACGAGGACGGGUUGAAGGAACCGAUCGGACUGUUGACGAACGUUGGAACCAGCGGGUUGGGCAGUAAGCCGUUGAAGAAACCGGGAGGAGGGGAGCAGCCGGUUCGGGGUGGUCGAGAGAAGACUAUCUGGAAGAAAAAGCAGGAGAAACGUAAACCUGUGGUGCAAACUGUGAACCUGUUUGAGGCGAGUGACUCGGAAUGAAUAAACGAAAAAACAUUA